AUGGACAUCGACGACAUUCUCGCUGCCGUGGACCGCGGUGCCGGUGCCAGCCCGGAAUCUGCCGCGCUGGACCACCAGCUCCUGACGCGGUUCUGGGUCGCCGAGCGCGCGGUCUCCGAAGUGCUGCCCUGGCCGGCGCCGCUGAUGGAGCGGAUCAUGGAUCGCGUGCGCACACAGAUCGAAACAAUCGAGGAUCUCGCCGCGUCCUCAGCCGACACCGACAUGACAGCUUCCACCACGCACCACACACACAACCCAAACCUCAACCUCCGACUCUCCAUCCUGCAAACGGAUCUCGCCCGCACUCAAUACCUCCUCCGCAGUCUGCUCCGUGCCCGGCUGGCCAAGCUCACCAAAUUCAGCAUGCACUACCUUGUCCAGCUCGCCUCGCGCAGCAAAAAUCCCCUCCUCCCCUCGCAAUCCACCGCACCCUCCCAGUCCAGCACCGCCGCCAACACCACUCCGCAAGACUCGGUCCCAGACAUUUCCGCCGUCACCGAUUUCGCUCCGCUCUCCGAGCCGGAAGCCAGCUUCAUGCACGCGCACCAGACCCUGCUGGCGGGGCACUUCGGCGGCUCCUUCAUGGGCGCGUUCCCACGGCAGCUGCGACGGCUCGAUGACAAUGCCGGCGGCACGAGUAUGGUGCAGGGUCCUGAGAUGCGGGAGGUUGUGUUUGUCCGUUGUCUCGGGGCCGAAGUGCCUGUACUCCUUGGCGGGGAUGACGGGGAUGAUCUGGAGUAUGGGGCGACGAUGCGGAUGGGCGAUGUCUGGGUUGUGCGGUGGGAGGGCGUGCGAAAGGCGUGGGAGAGAGGAGAAGUCGAAUUGUUGUGA